CAUCGCCUUCUGCUGCUCCGAGCGCUGCCCCUAGCGCAUCGCCUUCCGCUGGUCCGAGUGCAUCGCCUUCUGCUGCUCCGAGCGCUGCCCCUAGUGCUUCGCCUUCCGCAUUGCCUUCAAAUAUCCCUAUCCCCCCUGUUGCUUAAAUUGGUGACUUGUUUAUUUCUCCAAGGAUUCUCCGAUCCUAGGGUGCUCACUCUAUCAGAAUCGACACAAUUUGGGUGCUGGUUGUGAGUGCAYCAGUAACAGGACAGCAAUCAUACGAGCCAAUCAUGAUGAGAUGCAAUUUUCCUCUAUCAAAUCAGUCCGAGACAGAUUCACAUAGUCACAUGUUGUCCUAUUGCGCAAUCUAUAGAGUUUGCUGGUGUAGGAGAAGAAUUUCAUUGGCGUUCACCGGGCCUUUUGUGUACUCAUUGUCAUGGAAUGGAGUGUCGUCGGUGUGCUAUAGGGAGUAGUACAKURCUMGUAGUGGUAGCGUUAAUAUUAUUG